AUGGGGCACUUGAGGCCGCGCGAGCGGCUGCUGAGGUCUGCCAUUGCUGCUGAGGCUCGUCUGCGUUACAAGGGCCGCCGCAUGCACAAGCGUUUCCGCAGCUGGUCGCAGCACAGGGUUCGUCAGUACUGGCUGCCGCAGAAGGUCUCCCUGCAUGCAGACACCGCAGCAAUGAGCCCAGCCUAUCUCGCUGCAGCAGUUCAGAAAGCAGCAACUCUACGCAAACACGAUGCUUCACUCUGGUUCAACUUCUCACGACGAGCGCAGCAAGUUGCCGACAGCUGCACCCCGCAGCAGCUUGGGUAUCUUUUUUACGGGUUUGGCAAGGCCCGUUUCUUGGAUCCGCCUCUGUAUAUGUGUUUGCUUCGCUAUGCUGUUGCUUCGCUUGAGGAUUUCUCCUCUCACGCGCUGAUGACGAUACCCUGGGCCCUCAGCAGAGUAGCUAUAAGAGAUGCAGAUUCUCUUACACAAUCUGCUGGUAUGCUUGCUUUUUCCUUUAUGUUUUUUAGUAUUGACAAAACCAGCAUAGGCGAUGUUGUUUCCCUUCAGGGUGUGGCUCAGGAGACGGUGCUGAAGGCCCCGCAGAUGCGGGCUGGGGACCUCAUUAAAAUUGCUGUUGGCCUGGCGAAGCUGGGUGUGUGUCCUCCCUCUAUAAAGGAAAGAAUCAGCGACGUGCUGCUGCCUGCACUGAAGGAAGCUUCUUCGCUUGAGUUUAGAUCUUGCAUGCAUCCCCUGGCUGUCCUUGGGGUGUACACGCAGCCUCUGCAGACAUUCGUCAUGGAGCGGUUCUCUAAAAUUUUCAUAUGUGCGCGGCCUCCUCAUCUAGAGAAAGCGCUGCAGACGGCUGUGGCGAUUCGCGUCCUUCAGCCGGAGACCUGGGCGGCUGUGCCCCGCAAAUUGGGGUUGCUUCUGGAUGGAUAUAGGCGAGGCCGGGGAUCGCAGGCGAACGAUAUUCGUCGAUGGCCCAGCAGCCUUCUACACCAACUCAACCCAAUACACCGAAGCAGUCAAGUUUCAGCACAGGUUACUGCUGCUGCUGCUGCUGCUGAGGCUGCUGAUGCUGCUGCUGAGGCUGCUGCUGCUGAGGCUGCUGCUGCUGAUGCUGAGGCUGCUGCUGCUGAUGCUGAGGCUGCUGAUGCUGAGGCUGCCGCUGCUGAUGCUGAGGCUGCUGCUGCUGUUGAGGAUCACAGACUGAUGCGGCGCCUGCAGCUGUUCAGGCUAGUGCUAAGCGAUCUGGGCUGGGAGGUGCGGCGGGUGGUUUGGUUUGAGUGGGUCGGCCUACAAAGCAAACAGGAAAGAAUUGAUUUCCUAAGCAAGCUGCGUGCCGCCCCCGCCCUUCCCUCUUUCUUGCCGGACCCUCUCCCUGCAUUGUCACCGCAGGAGGUGCAGCAACGGCUGCAGCAGGUGAAGCAACGGCAGCAGCAGCAGCAGCAGGAAGCUGCAGCAGCAGCAGCAGCAGCAGCUAGGGAGUCUGCUGUCGAACUGGAGUUGUAA